AUGGCAGAUUAUGAUAGUGCGAAAUAUUGGUCCAAGCAGGGAGCUCGUCGUGGGUUACAGAAAACCCGUUACUACUGCCAAAUAUGCCAAAGGCAAUGUAAAGAUGCAAACGGAUUUCAAUCACAUAACAAAUCGCCAUCUCAUUUAAGGAAGAUUAGUCAAGUGACAGCUGAGGACGCUAGGCGCUACAAUAUCCAGUUUGAAAAGGGAUUUCUACAGUUAUUGAAGCAGCGGCACGGAGAAAAAUGGAUUGAUGCUAACAAAGUAUACAACGAGUAUGUUCAAGAUCGCGAUCAUGUACAUAUGAAUGCCACCAUGCAUCGUUCUUUGACGCAGUUUGUCCGGUACCUAGGCCGCGCGGGCAAGGUAGACGUGGAUAUGGAUAUUGAUGAUACAUCUGAGAACGUUGAAGGUCCUUUGCUUAUCAGGAUCCAUCCCUCAUCUUUAUCAUCACCUUCUGAAGAUGGAAUGCUGCGAAGUCAACAAGAGGAGCAAGAAGUCAUAGCCGCCGAGCUUUUGAAAAGACAACUCAAUCGUGCUAAGCGACAAACUGAAAAGGUAUAUCAACCAGAGAUGAAAUCGGAAAUUAGCGGGGAUAGCACUCUGAAACGUGUUCAAGUCACCUUCCACGGGAAUGGUCGGGUAAAUAAAAAGAAAAAGAAGGUUCCUCCACGGAAAGAUGGUAUCAAGUUCCGUUGA